AUGCUUGAUACCACUCGUAAUUCAACAAAAACAAUUAUGUUUGCCAUUGUUAUCAUUGCUGCUCUAUUCAUCUCGGCUUUUAGCACCAGAUUGCCUUGGGGUAUAAAGUCGACCUGUUCAGAACCGUCAUCAUUAAUAACUUUUGAUGAGAUAACAAAUAUAACGAACACAUCAGGAGUUCCAGUACCGCAUGGCUACGAUGGUUUGAAUUGGGAAAAUGUUCUGGUUUUGAAUGGUUUAAAUACUAGUAAUCCUACCAGUGGCUAUAGAACUGGUGUUAUUAGCCCUCCAUAUCUUGCCUUUGAUGGAUGGGGUAGUCCUAUGACUAUCACAAAUGCAGCUACAAAUAUAUUCACAAUAAAUUCAUUUUAUUCAUGCGCAGCUUGGUAUGAUAAUAUUACAUUGGAAAUAACUGGUACAAGAGACGGUACCACUUUGUAUACGAAAUCAGUAUCAUUAUUUACACAAAGUAGAACUUUUAUUAAACUCAACUGGUCUGGUGUCGAUACCGUAAAUUUCAACUCGAUCUGCGAGUGGUGUUGUGAUGCAAAACAUUUUACAAUGGAUAAUUUGUGUGUCACAUUAGAAAAAUGA